CCCGAUCAUCCACUUAUCAGUAUGCCCUUUUUAUAUCACCGCUGUCCCCUGUGAAUGACAGGUUUGUUCACGUCCCUCGAAACACAGCACUUUGUACAUGACAUUGGUUCCUCAUCAACAUGGUGGACAUCAGCAGCAGUAACCCUUCUCCUGAAAACACAGCAGGAGAGGAAAAGCCGAAGUCGGAUUCCGACGCGAUUCAAAAAGCUACAACGCACACCAGUGUCGACCAUGAGGCCGAGCUCAAGACCGGUCACUCUGUUUCCGAGCUUGACGAGUCCGAGCUGUUCCUCCAGCGACAUGGGAUCCCACGAUCACGCCUCGCCGAGAUCCUUGACGCUGCCGACGAUGACACCGAGCGCAAACUCAGGAAGCGUAUCGAUUGGACACUAAUGCCCCUGCUUUGUGGCACAUACAUGCUGCAGUUCAUCGACAAGCAAGCUCUGAGCUAUUCGGCUGUCUUCGACCUGUUCCCCUCGACUGGCUUAACAGCUUACCAAUACUCAUGGAUGGCAUCUAUCUUCUACUUUGCAUACCUUUUCUCCGAGUGGCCCUCGUCUUAUCUCGCGCAGAAGCUGCCCACAGCCAAGGUUAUCGCAGCCUUUGUCUUCUGCUGGGGCGCAGUUAUGCUUCUCACGACUGCCUGCACCGAAUUCAAGGGACUGGCGACGUGUAGAUUCCUUCUCGGCGUUUUUGAGGCCGUCAUUACUCCUGCCUUCAUGCUGAUCAUAGCCCAAUGGUACAAACGUGAAGAGCAGCCUGCGCGGGCCGGGCUGUUCUUCUGCUUUAACGGCAUUGGCAGCAUGAUUGGCGGCAUCUUAUUCUACGGUGUCGGCCAAGCGAGCGGUUGGGAGAUCUGGAGGAUCAUCUAUGCCCUCUGCGGUGGUCUGACUGUUGUUUGGAGCCUUGUUCUGUGGUUUUGUCUCCCAGACUCUAUCUUCACUGCGAAACGCUUUUCCAUUGAAGAACGCACGAUGCUGGUUGCACGCACACUGGCCAACCAAACCGGCACCAUGAACCGCACUAUCAAGAUGCACCAAAUUAUCGAGGUGUUUCAAGACCCCCAGAUCUGGCUGCUCUUCUUUUUCGUCCUCUUGAACGCGGUUAUCAACGGUGGAAUUGCUGGGUUUGCUACGCUCAUCGUCAAGGGCUUCGUCAAGGAUCCUCUCUUGACCACCGCUUACGGUGUACCGUGGGGCGCCAUCAACGCCGUGUUCAACUUCACUGGACCUUACCUCGCUAGUCGGUUUACCAACGUACGCACAUACGUCAUGAUCAUCUGGCUGCUGCCAACAUUGACAGCUGUCUGCUUGUUCUGGCAGCUGUCGAGGGACAAUCACGGAGGAUUGCUUGCAGGCUACUACAUCUGUGCUUCGUUCGUUGGUAGCAUGGUCGUUGCCCUGCAAAUGCCUGCUAAUAACGUCGGCGGCUACACUAAACGCGUAACCGCAACUGCUUUUGUCUUCCUCGCCUACUGCGCUGGCAACAUUAUUGGACCUCAGGCCUUUAUCGGUCGCGAAGCCCCCAUCUAUCAGACGGGCUGUAUCGUCAUGAUCGCAUGUUGCGUGGGCCAGAUCAUCAUUGCUGUACUCCUGCGUCAAUUGCUGAUCAGCAGGAAUAAACGUCGUGACGCCGCGGCAGCUGCCGCCGUGGGAGAAGAUCUUCACAACGAUGAGAGCGAGGCUCUUCAAGACCUGACGGACUUCGAAAACCCUAAGUUUAGGUAUUUAUAUUAGACUCGCUCGUUGAGAGGUUUGCCACGGACAAGAUAAUCACGUCUGAAGUGGUAAGGUGCUACAUGUAUAUAUAGUCUAUAACAGGUUCCGUUAGAAAUAAGACAGCUAUAUUAUAGGAC